AAAAAAUAUAAAUAGCGAUAAACGAGGAAGUUUAAAAAGGUGCAAUAUGAUUCGUAGAGCGAAUAGCAUCAGUGAAUAGUUCUUUAUCGAACAACACUUUAUCUGAAAGCAUUCAAUUCAAUCUUUUCAUAUUGCAUGAAAAAUAUUCUUUUUUGUUAUGUGGAGAAGUUGUGCUUACAAAAGAGGAAUUGAGCACAUAUAGGCGUUUUUCUACUAGACGAUUCACAAGUGGCGGACUGAUAAUCAUUUUCGAUUGAACAGGUUUCCUGACAGUCCAGCACGAAAAUGUCUAAAAAUCCGAACACACCUCUUCCGUUAGCCCCUAACACUGAUGACAUCACUAACAUCAACUUGGAAGCCCGUUCUAAGCAAAAUGCUAGUGACACUGAACCUGGUGAUUUCAACAUGGAUGUGUAUGCAACUUUGGAUGAGCGGAAUCAAGAGGAAAUUAACAAUAAUCCUACCUAUGCGAAUCUACCAAAACGGCAAAAUGAGAAAUCGUUUCUCUUGAAAUGCGAGUGGAAGAUCUUCGUAGCAGGUGCAGUUAUCGUUAUCCUGAUGGUGCAAUGUAUUAUCAUUGGACUCACCAGUGUAGGCGUUUUUCAAGGUAAAACCCUUAGUACAAUUAAUCGAAAACUAUCUAACUUGACAGAAAACAUUGUUUCAUGGAAAGCUGACAUCAUGGACACCCUCAAAAUAUUAGAUAUAGAUGAGUGCUCCAGUAAUCCAUGUCAAAAUGGUGG